AUGUGCUUGAGUGUGGGAAUCAUGAUUUCAAUCUUUGUAAAGGUGAGGCAAGUCGAGAAUAUGAGCAGGAAAUACGCCGCAUCCAUACACAACCCAAGCAGUGGUCACCACACGUCAGCUAGAUCGUCCAUCAACAGCAACACGCAACACAGCCACCAUACUCAAUCGCAGCGAAACUCCGCAGUAAAUCGACAGAAAUCGCUUGCUGGUAGUGCCAGACAAGGCAUGUUCUAUAUGCUCGCCUUCUUGGUGACCUACUUCUUUCCCUUUGUUUCCAUGUUACAAUAUGCAAUAUCUGGAACAUGGAAUGAAGUCUUUGAUGAUUUUGCCUAUGGAAUCUUUGUACCAUCUGCUGGUACCCUCAACUUUUUGGUAUUUGCACGACUACGAAGCCCCAUGAAAACACCCGAAGGUCGGGUCUUGCGAAGCAUCUUCUGUUGCACUUAUUUGCGAUCGAUGAGAAACGACAAUACUCCAGGAAGAGCCUCGGGACACGGUGGAGCAAGAGGAAGUUCCCAGCAUCAAGGGAGAAAUGGCCCUGCUGUCUCGGCAAUCCAAGAGGAAUGCAAGGAGGAAGAGUCUCCACCUCGAGAGGAAACCGACAUUGUACCUCCAGAAGAAUCAAAUUUGCAAUACACAGCAGAAGAAUCGGAUUUGGAGCAAGUGUCGAUACUUGAUUCACGAAAGGAGUGA